AUGUCGCACGCUCUUGCACAUGACAGCCGCGAUGUCGAGGACCUGCUGGGCCGCUCCAGAGAGCUCUUCUACGAUCUGGCGGCCAUGGCGCAGCUGGCCCACCAGGGGCCGGCGCAGUUUGCCAUCCGCCAGCUUUGCGAUGCUCUUGACGAAGACCUGGAGGCGCUGAACCGGGAAGAGCGCUUUGUUGUCUUCAGCGGCUUGGUGUCGCCCACGCCGCAAGCAGUUCGAGAGCUCAAGGAGGAUGCCAGUGGACGCAGGAAUUUGAUGCCUACCUCCUUCAGCGAAAACACCCGAGGAAUCGUGACGCAGCUGGAGCUGUGCCCCGAGGCGGAGCACAUCGAAGUGCGACUUCUGGAGAAGGUCUGCCAACCAGCGCAAAGUGUCGGCACUGCAGUGCACAGCGGAUUUCGAUUGUGCGAAGGCUAUCCUGAACGGCUCGCUGGCCCCCGUCCUUGGCGCCGCCUGCAGCGCCGCCUCCGGCAGCUUUGUACAGCUGAAACGGGCCUGCGGCGCUUACAGAUCAGGCUUCCUUGUCCCUUGGAUCACCCCGUCUCCAUCAUCGACACGCCCGGCCUGGAUAGCUCAGAGGUCUGGCAGCACGUUAAAGAGCUUGUGCGCUCGAAGGCCUUCUUGCUGGUCUGGGUUGCUGCCCUCGACGCGCCCACCACCUUUGGGACUAAUGGCGAGAAGCUGCUGGAGCUCUACAGGUCAAGCGGGCAUUCUUUACCACCAGUCUUGGUCCUGACAAAGUGGGACCGACUCCAAUCCCUGCCGGAAUUCGAUCCAGACUCGCUGCAAGGGCACCUGCGCCAGCGCUUCGGCGCCCUGAAGCGAAGUCUCUGCAGUACCACGGUCUCGGACCUGACCUCCGAGGACAUCGAGACGCUGAUCUCAGCACUCUCUCCUAGCUGUGAUGCCGCCUCCUUGACUCGCGACUUGACGCUUCAUGCUUGCCGCCUCCCUCAGGGCUCCAAGCUUUGCCAAGAGAGUGAGGCACGCACCAAUGUCGCUGACUACCUGCGAUCGCUGGAGACGCCGGCGAAGCUGCGGUUCCAAACAGAGGAGCACCUGCUACUCGCAGCGAGCAAUGCUGCUGCUGCGCUUCAGGCUGUGCCAGAGGCAGCUGAUGAGGUGGUGCAACUUUGGCAGUCACUGCUGUCCCUGCUCGCCGGGGUGUCGGAGCCUUUGCGCAUCAGCUGCCGCCUGCAGAAGAUCGUGGUGGCCAGCCAGCAGGCGGCGAACAUCCUGCUGAAGGACGACGACCAGGCGGUGCUCUUCAGCGCGGACCAGCUGCAGGUGACGCAGCAGUCCCUGGCGGCCAGCUUCCGCCAGCGCUUGGAUGGCUAUUUCCAGGACUUGCCUUCCAAUGCCACGGAGCUGGCCAGCUACAAGCCACCGCAAGGCCUUCCGCCCACUGAAUGUGCUACCUGCCUCAUCCCGGAGUUUGUCAAAGUGGGGCACGACACGGCCAAGAGUGAGAAUCAAGGCACGCGGACUACGUCCGGUGCCUGGCGCAGCUGGCCAUGGAGCAGUGGCAAGCCAAAUUCCUGGAGAGAACAUGGUGCGCCUGGAGCAGAGCUGCUUCAAGGAGCUGCAGCGUCAGCUUGGCGAGCUCCUGCAGUGCGGGCUUCAGGAGGCCUGGCAGGCGAGCGGGGUCCGGCGCUUGGCCGCCUCGCCGCUGCGGGCGCUGCGCGCCGGGGCGACGGGCUACUUGUUGGGCGGCACGGCCAGCGCCGCGGCCGAGCUCCUAGGUGCCAGCCUGUCCUUGGGCCUGCCGGGCCUGUGCAUGGCCCUGGCGGCGGCUUACUUCCUGGAGGACUCGCAGUCGCGGCUGGGGUCUUGGAGCUACGAGGAGGCCCAGCGCCGCGCGGUGGAGAUGGUUCUGGAGAUCCUGAGCCGACGACCUGA